GGAGGGGCUGGUGUGCGGGGCUGCCCCGAGUCCAGCUCUGGGAGCUUAUUUUGUCCUCACAGUGGCUCUGUCCUGGCUGUAAGUCACCAUGGCACAGCAAGCUGCCGAUAAGUAUCUCUAUGUGGAUAAAAACUUCAUCAAUAACCCGCUGGCCCAGGCCGACUGGGCUGCCAAGAAGCUGGUAUGGGUGCCUUCCGACAAGAGUGGCUUCGAGCCAGCCAGCCUCAAGGAGGAGGUGGGCGAAGAGGCCAUCGUGGAGCUGGUGGAGAACGGGAAGAAGGUGAAGGUGAACAAGGAUGACAUCCAGAAGAUGAACCCGCCCAAGUUCUCCAAGGUGGAGGAUAUGGCGGAGCUCACGUGCCUCAACGAAGCCUCGGUGCUGCACAACCUCAAGGAGCGUUACUACUCAGGGCUUAUCUACACCUAUUCAGGCCUGUUCUGUGUGGUCAUCAAUCCUUACAAGAACCUGCCCAUCUACUCUGAAGAGAUUGUGGAAAUGUACAAGGGCAAGAAGAGGCACGAGAUGCCCCCUCACAUCUAUGCCAUCACAGACACCGCCUACAGGAGUAUGAUGCAAGACCGAGAAGAUCAAUCCAUCCUGUGCACGGGUGAAUCUGGAGCUGGCAAGACAGAGAACACCAAGAAGGUCAUCCAGUAUCUGGCGUACGUGGCGUCCUCGCACAAGAGCAAGAAGGACCAGGGUGAGCUGGAGCGGCAGCUGCUGCAGGCCAACCCCAUCCUGGAGGCCUUCGGGAACGCCAAGACCGUGAAGAAUGACAACUCUUCCCGCUUCGGUAAAUUCAUUCGCAUCAACUUUGAUGUCAACGGCUACAUUGUUGGAGCCAACAUUGAGACUUAUCUUUUGGAGAAAUCUCGUGCUAUCCGCCAAGCCAAGGAAGAACGGACCUUCCACAUCUUCUAUUAUCUCCUGUCUGGGGCUGGAGAGCACCUGAAGACCGAUCUCCUGUUGGAACCAUACAACAAAUACCGCUUCCUGUCCAAUGGGCACGUCACCAUUCCCGGGCAGCAGGACAAGGACAUGUUCCAGGAGACCAUGGAGGCCAUGAGGAUUAUGGGCAUCCCAGAAGAGGAGCAAAUGGGCCUGCUGCGGGUCAUCUCAGGGGUUCUUCAGCUCGGCAACAUCGUCUUCAAGAAGGAGCGGAACACUGACCAGGCGUCCAUGCCCGACAACACAGCUGCCCAAAAGGUGUCCCAUCUCUUGGGUAUCAAUGUGACCGAUUUCACCAGAGGAAUCCUCACCCCGCGCAUCAAGGUGGGACGGGAUUACGUCCAGAAGGCGCAGACUAAAGAGCAGGCUGACUUUGCCAUCGAAGCCUUGGCCAAGGCGACCUACGAGCGGAUGUUCCGCUGGCUGGUGCUGCGCAUCAACAAGGCUUUGGACAAGACCAAGAGGCAGGGCGCCUCCUUCAUCGGGAUCCUGGACAUCGCUGGCUUCGAGAUCUUUGAUCUGAACUCCUUUGAGCAGCUGUGCAUCAAUUACACCAAUGAGAAGCUGCAGCAGCUCUUCAACCACACCAUGUUCAUCCUGGAGCAGGAGGAGUACCAGCGCGAGGGCAUCGAGUGGAACUUCAUCGACUUCGGCCUCGACCUGCAGCCCUGCAUCGACCUCAUUGAGAAGCCAGCAGGCCCCCCGGGCAUCCUGGCCCUGCUGGACGAGGAGUGCUGGUUCCCCAAAGCCACCGACAAGAGCUUCGUGGAGAAGGUGAUGCAGGAGCAGGGCACCCACCCCAAGUUCCAGAAGCCCAAGCAGCUGAAGGACAAAGCUGAUUUCUGCAUUAUCCACUACGCCGGCAAGGUGAGGAGCACUCAUGGGGAGGUGCCGGCCAGACCUUCACAGGAGAGGUGGAGUCAAGGCUCUUUAGGACCAGGAGCUGAGCAGCUCCUGAGGAUGCGGGGCUGCGGGGGCACUCACUUGGUCUCUGUGGUCUCCACAGUGGACCGCAUCAUUGGCCUGGACCAGGUGGCCGGCAUGUCGGAGACGGCGCUGCCCGGUGCCUUCAAGACGCGGAAGGGCAUGUUCCGUACCGUGGGGCAGCUUUACAAGGAGCAGCUGGCCAAGCUGAUGGCCACGCUCAGGAACACCAACCCCAACUUCGUCCGCUGCAUCAUCCCCAACCACGAGAAGAAGGCCGGCAAGCUGGACCCGCAUCUUGUGCUGGACCAGCUGCGCUGCAACGGCGUCCUCGAGGGCAUCCGCAUCUGCCGCCAGGGCUUCCCCAACAGGGUGGUCUUCCAGGAGUUUCGGCAGAGAUAUGAGAUCCUGACUCCAAACUCCAUUCCCAAGGGCUUCAUGGAUGGGAAACAGGCGUGCGUGCUCAUGAUAAAAGCCUUGGAGCUCGACAGCAACCUGUACCGCAUUGGCCAGAGCAAAGUCUUCUUCCGCGCCGGCGUGCUGGCCCACCUGGAGGAGGAGCGGGACCUGAAGAUCACUGACGUCAUCAUAGGGUUCCAGGCCUGCUGCAGGGGCUACCUGGCCAGGAAAGCGUUUGCCAAGCGGCAGCAGCAGCUGACCGCCAUGAAGGUCCUCCAGCGGAACUGCGCUGCCUACCUCAAGCUGCGGAACUGGCAGUGGUGGCGGCUCUUCACCAAGGUCAAGCCGCUGCUGCAGGUGAGCCGGCAGGAGGAGGAGAUGAUGGCCAAGGAGGAGGAGCUGGUGAAGGUCCGAGAGAAGCAGCUGGCUGCGGAGAACAGGCUCACGGAGAUGGAGACGCUGCAGUCGCAGCUCAUGGCAGAGAAAUUACAGCUGCAGGAGCAGCUCCAGGCAGAGACCGAGCUGUGUGCCGAGGCUGAGGAGCUCCGGGCCCGCCUGACCGCCAAGAAGCAGGAACUAGAAGAGAUCUGCCAUGACCUGGAGGCCAGGGUGGAGGAGGAGGAGGAGCGCUGCCAGCACCUGCAGACAGAGAAGAAGAAGAUGCAGCAGAACAUCCAGGAGCUUGAGGAGCAGCUGGAGGAGGAGGAGAGCGCCCGGCAGAAGCUGCAGCUGGAGAAGGUGACCACUGAGGCGAAGCUGAAGAAGCUGGAGGAGGAGCAGAUCAUCCUGGAGGACCAGAACUGCAAGCUGGCCAAGGAAAAGAAACUGCUGGAAGACAGGAUAGCUGAGUUCACCACCAACCUCACGGAAGAGGAGGAGAAAUCUAAGAGCCUCGCCAAGCUCAAGAACAAGCAUGAGGCAAUGAUCACCGACUUGGAAGAGCGCCUCCGCAGGGAGGAGAAGCAGCGACAGGAGCUGGAGAAGACCCGCCGGAAGCUGGAGGGAGACUCCACGGACCUCAGCGACCAGAUCGCCGAGCUCCAGGCGCAGAUCGCGGAGCUCAAGAUGCAGCUGGCCAAGAAAGAGGAGGAGCUCCAGGCCGCCCUGGCCAGAGUGGAAGAGGAAGCUGCCCAGAAGAACAUGGCCCUCAAGAAGAUCCGGGAGCUGGAAUCUCAGAUCUCGGAACUCCAGGAAGACCUGGAGUCUGAACGUGCUUCCAGAAAUAAAGCUGAGAAGCAGAAACGGGACCUUGGGGAAGAGCUAGAGGCACUGAAAACAGAGUUGGAGGACACGCUGGAUACCACAGCUGCCCAGCAGGAGCUCAGGUCGAAACGUGAGCAGGAGGUGAACAUCCUGAAGAAGACCUUGGAGGAGGAGGCCAAGACCCACGAGGCCCAGAUCCAGGAGAUGAGGCAGAAGCACUCGCAGGCCGUGGAGGAGCUGGCGGAGCAGCUGGAGCAGACGAAGCGGGUGAAAGCCAACCUCGAGAAGGCAAAGCAGACCCUGGAGAAUGAGCGGGGGGAGCUGGCCAACGAGGUGAAGGUGCUGCUGCAGGGCAAAGGGGACUCGGAGCACAAGCGCAAGAAAGUGGAGGCGCAGCUGCAGGAGCUGCAGGUCAAGUUCAACGAGGGAGAGCGCGUGCGCACGGAGCUGGCCGACAAGGUCACCAAGCUGCAGGUGGAGCUGGACAACGUGACCGGGCUUCUCAGCCAGUCCGACAGCAAGUCCAGCAAGCUCACCAAGGACUUCUCCGCGCUGGAGUCCCAGCUGCAGGACACUCAGGAGCUGCUGCAGGAGGAGAACCGGCAGAAGCUGAGCCUGAGCACCAAGCUCAAGCAGGUGGAGGACGAGAAGAAUUCCUUCCGGGAGCAGCUGGAGGAGGAGGAGGAGGCCAAGCACAACCUGGAGAAGCAGAUCGCCACCCUCCAUGCCCAGGUGGCCGACAUGAAGAAGAAGAUGGAGGACAGUGUGGGGUGCCUGGAAACCGCUGAGGAGGUGAAGAGGAAGCUCCAGAAGGACCUGGAGGGCCUGAGCCAGCGGCACGAGGAGAAGGUGGCCGCCUACGACAAGCUGGAGAAGACCAAGACGCGGCUGCAGCAGGAGCUGGAUGACCUGCUGGUGGACCUGGACCAUCAACGCCAGAGCGCGUGCAACCUGGAGAAGAAGCAGAAGAAGUUUGACCAGCUCCUGGCAGAGGAGAAGACCAUCUCUGCCAAGUACGCAGAGGAGCGCGACCGGGCUGAGGCGGAGGCCCGAGAGAAGGAGACCAAGGCGCUGUCGCUGGCCCGGGCCCUGGAGGAAGCCAUGGAGCAGAAGGCGGAGCUGGAGCGGCUCAACAAGCAGUUCCGCACGGAGAUGGAGGACCUCAUGAGCUCCAAGGACGACGUGGGCAAGAGCGUCCACGAGCUGGAGAAGUCCAAGCGGGCCCUGGAGCAGCAGGUGGAGGAGAUGAAGACGCAGCUGGAAGAGCUGGAGGACGAGCUGCAGGCCACUGAAGACGCCAAACUGCGGCUGGAGGUCAACCUGCAGGCCAUGAAGGCCCAGUUCGAGCGGGAUCUGCAGGGCAAGGACGAGCAGAGCGAGGAGAAGAAGAAGCAGCUGGUCAGACAGGUGCGGGAGAUGGAGGCAGAGCUGGAGGAUGAGAGGAAGCAGCGCUCGAUGGCAGUGGCCGCCCGGAAGAAGCUGGAGAUGGACCUGAAGGACCUGGAGGCGCACAUCGACUCAGCCAACAAGAACCGGGAGGAAGCCAUCAAACAGCUGCGGAAGCUGCAGGCCCAGAUGAAGGACUGCAUGCGCGAGCUGGAUGACACCCGCGCCUCCCGUGAGGAGAUCCUGGCCCAGGCCAAAGAGAACGAGAAGAAGCUGAAGAGCAUGGAGGCCGAGAUGAUCCAGUUGCAGGAGGAACUGGCAGCCGCGGAGCGUGCCAAGCGCCAGGCCCAGCAGGAGCGGGAUGAGCUGGCUGAUGAGAUCGCCAACAGCAGUGGCAAAGGAGCCCUGGCGUUGGAGGAGAAGCGGCGUCUGGAGGCCCGCAUCGCCCAGCUGGAGGAGGAGCUGGAGGAGGAGCAGGGCAACACGGAGCUGAUCAACGACCGGCUGAAGAAGGCCAACCUGCAGAUCGACCAGAUCAACACCGACCUGAACCUGGAGCGCAGCCACGCCCAGAAGAACGAGAAUGCUCGGCAGCAGCUGGAGCGCCAGAACAAGGAGCUCAAGGUCAAGCUGCAGGAGAUGGAGGGCACUGUCAAGUCCAAGUACAAGGCCUCCAUCACUGCCCUCGAGGCCAAGAUCGCACAGCUGGAGGAGCAGCUGGACAACGAGACCAAGGAGCGCCAGGCAGCCUGCAAACAGGUGCGUCGGACGGAGAAGAAGCUGAAGGAUGUGCUGCUGCAGGUGGAUGAUGAGCGGAGGAACGCCGAGCAGUACAAGGACCAGGCCGACAAGGCAUCCACCCGCCUGAAGCAGCUCAAGCGGCAGCUGGAGGAGGCGGAAGAGGAGGCCCAGCGGGCCAACGCCUCCCGCCGGAAACUGCAGCGCGAGCUGGAGGACGCCACCGAGACGGCCGAUGCCAUGAACCGCGAGGUCAGCUCCCUCAAGAACAAGCUCAGGCGCGGGGACCUGCCGUUUGUCAUGCCCCGCCGAAUGGCCCGGAAAGGCGCCGGCGAUGGUUCCGACGAGGAGGUGGAUGGCAAAGCGGAUGGGGCUGAGGCCAAACCUGCCGAAUAAGUCUCUUCUCCUGCAGCCUGAGAUGGAUGGACAGACGGACACCACAGCCUCCCCUUCCCAGACCCUGCAGCAGGCCUCUCCCCACCUUCUUGGGACUGCUGUGAACGCGCCUCCCCCUGCCCUCAGCCCCGUCCCCCCAUCCUGUUUCCCUCCAGGCGUUGUUGAGGGCAUUUGGCUUCCUCUGCUGCAUCCCCUUCCAGCUCCCUCCCCCGCUCAGAAUCUGAUACCAAAGAGACAGGGCCCGGGCCCAGGCAGAGAGCGACCAGCAGGCUCCUCAGCCCCCUCUUGCCAAAAAGCACAAGAUGUUGAGGCGAGGAGGGCAGGCCCCCGGGGAGGGGCCAGAGUUUCUAUGAAUCUAUUUUUCUUCAGACUGAAGGCGUUUUGGUAGUCGGACCCCCCGCAGUCGUCAGCCUCCCUGACCUCUGCCACCAGCGCCCCCACUCCUCCUUUCUUUGCUGUUGGCAAUCACACGUGGUGACCUCACACACCUCUGCCCCUUGGGCCUCCCACUCCCGUGGCUCUGGGCGGUCCGGAAGGAGCAGGCCCUGGGGCUCCACCUCUGUGCAGGGCACAGAAUGCUGAGGUCGGGGGAGGAGUGGAUUCCUCCCCGCCCUGUCCCAGGCAGCGCCCCUGUCCACUGUCUCCCUCCUGAUUCUAAAAUGUCUCAAGUGCAAUGCCCCCUCCCCUCCUUUACCAAGGACAGCCUGCCUCUGCCACAGCAAGGCUGCCGGGGUCAAGCAGGGAAGGCCAGCAGCCUUCCAGUGGCUUCUCCCAACACUUUUGGGGACCAAAUAUAUUUAAUGGUUAAGGGACUUGUCCCAAGUAUGACAGCCAGAGCGUUAGAGGGGCCAGCAGCCCUGCCAGGCGAUCUCGUGUCUACUCUAGGACUGGGCCCGAGGGUCCUUUACCUGCACCGUUGACUCGUAUCGUUUAAAAAUCUGCCACCUGCACAGAUAUUUUUGAAAGCAAAACAAGGUUUUCUUUUUUUCCCCUUUCUCGUAAUAAAUGAUAAAAUUCCGA